CGAAGCUUUAGAGCUAGCAACCGCUGACCUUGGAAAUUUUAUUGAUUGAAGCUCAGCCUAGCCAGCAACUAAACGUAAUCAGACUCAAUCAUCACCAGUCUGUUAUCCACGAUGCUGUGCUCUCUUUCCGGUGAAGCUCCUCAAGAGCCGGUUGUUUCCAAGUUAUCAGGUGCUGUAUUUGAGAAGCGACUCAUCGAGAAGUAUAUCGAAGAGAAUGGAAAAGACCCUGUUAGCGGCGAGGACUUAACCGUCGACGAUCUUCUACUCAUCAAAUCUUCACGCGUCGUGCGACCGCGACCGCCUACUCUCACUUCCAUACCAGCCCUUUUAUCCACCUUUCAGAACGAAUGGGACGCGCUGGCGCUAGAGACCUACAACCUUAGGGAACAGCUCGCACGGACGCGAGAGGAACUUGCGACAGCCCUCUACCAACACGAUGCGGCUGUACGUGUCAUUGCAAGAUUGACCAAAGAACGAGACGAGGCUCGAGAUGCGCUAUCCAAGGUGACCGUUUCGGCGGGCGGCGCAAGCAGUGGCGACGCUAUGGCGGUGGAUUCUGAAGCUUUACCCGAAGAGCUAGCAGCCAAAGUAGACGAGACUCAAGCGAAACUAUCUAAGAGCCGAAAGAAGCGACCUGUCCCAGAGGGUUGGGCAACAGCAGGGGAUGUUGCUUCGUUCACAGUCGAAACCACAAAUUCCCUUCCCGUUCCCCAAGCUACAACAGUUAGCGUCGAGGCCACCUAUGCCGCUGUAGGCGGAUUGCAGGGCGACGUUGCCAUCUACUCGAUUGAUUCGGACAAGGUUGAGCGUUCACUACAAAUCAACGAACCUGUGACGGAUUCAAUAUGGGACGGCUCCAGGGUCUUCUUGUCGACUUCUAAGGGCUCUGUGAAGGUGUUCGAGAAUGGUAGCGAAAUCGCGUCAUUCGCUGAUCAUGCCGGCCCAGCCACCGGUCUUUCCAUUCAUCCCAGCAAGGAAAUUUUAGCGUCUGUCGGCGCCGACAAGAGUUUCGUAUUUUAUGAUUUAACCAAUUUGAGUCGCGCCACACGCGUAUACACUAAUGCUACUUUGACGACUUGUGCCUUCCAUCCCGAUGGCCAUCUUUUCGCCGCUGGCACCAGCUCUGGCGAGAUCAAGUUAUUUAUGACGAAGACCGGGGAGGAAGCCGCCUCGUUCAACUUAGGGGCUCCUGUGCAAGCUAUCACUUUCUCCGAAAACGGCUUCUGGUUUGCGGCUACAGCAAAGGGACAAACCACAGUGACUAUAUUCGACCUGCGCAAGGAGGGCGAUGCUGCCCAAGCCAAGGUGUUGGACAUCGGAAGUGCAGUGCAGAGCCUAGCCUGGGACUACUCUCAGCAAUUCCUCGCAACGGCUGGGCCCGCUGGGGUGACAGUACAACAGUACAACAAGAGCUCCAAGUCCUGGUCGGAGCCCUUACGAGCAGCAGUUAGUGCAGUCAGUGUUAAAUGGUCUACAAAUGCAAGCAAGCUCGUGGCUGUUAAUGGAGACGGAGUAAUUAGUAUUCUUGCGGCUAAGGAGGCGUAAUUUGGGCUGACCGUCACGGUUUAAAGACGCGAUCAAAUAAGAGGAAAAAUUGGCCACAGUAGGCAAAAAAAAGAUAUCUUAAAUAAUCAUCCAUCCAGUGCUGGUUAUGAUAUCAAAGGCUAAUCCAUGUAUAAUAUAGAAAAUGAAUGGGUCAAUAGCGAUACACUUGAGAUUUUCUGAGGUUGCUUUAGGUACCUACCUAGGCAUCUAGGUAGUAUCAAUAAGUCAAAUGGGCGGGCCUAUGUAAAAGGCAUACUUGAGACAUGGAAAAAGAUCAAGUUUUCUCUGCCACCUAAUGUAAUGUAAAUAUUUUAUGAAAAGCCUCCUUAUUUGACAAAAGCCUAGUACAAUACAAUACACCUCUACAUUCAUA